GGGAAGUCUGAGAUACCACCUGAAGCACUUGGUAGCCGGAGUCUCGCCACCAGUUGCGCUUUCCGGCGGUUAAAUGGACAUACUAUUCGCGCAGAUCCAAGCGGAUCUCAGGUCAAAUGAUGCCCUCCGGCAAUCCGGAGCUCUCCUUCAAGCCCUCCAGCAAUCGGCGGCGGGCCGUGAUAUCUCCAUCAUUGCAAAAUCCGCAGUCGAGGAGAUCGUGGCCGCUCCUGCCUCUGCCAUUUCGAAAAAACUAGCUUUCGACCUGAUCAGAUCGACUCGACUAACCGCCGACUUAUGGGAAACUGUAUGUACAGGAAUUCGUAACGACCUCGAGUUCCCUGACCCGGAUGUAACCGCUGCCGCCGUCUCUAUUCUCGCGGCUAUCCCUUACUUCCGGCUGGGUAAACUCAUAUCGGACUGCAACAAGCAAAUCUCCAGCUGCUUCCACUCGUCCUCUGAAAACCUCCGAUUCUCCAUCGCUGAGACACUUGGUUGUAUCCUUGCGCGGGAUGAUCUCGUGACUCUAUGCGAGAACAACAUUAACUUGCUCGAUAGGGUUUCAAAUUGGUGGGCAAGGAUUGGGCAGAACAUGCUUGACAACUCAGAUACCGUGUCAAAGGUGGCGUUUGAGUCUGUAGGGAGGCUGUUUCAGGAGUUUGAAUCGAAACGGAUGAGCCGGUUGGCAGGUGAUAAGCUUGUGGACAGCGAAAAUUCAGUUGCCAUUCGGUCCAAUUGGGUUUCUUCAAUGGUGGAUUUUGUGUGGAAGAACAGGAAUGCAGUAAUGGCUAGGUCAUUGAUCCUCCCAAUUGAGAGUUUUCGGGCAACCAUUUAUCCUUUAGUAUAUGCAGUAAAGUCUAUGGCUUCAGGCUCUGUAGAUGUAAUAAAAAUGCUUUCAAGAUCUUCAAAGAACGGGAGUAUCCCCACAAUGGACUCUGGAAAUGCAGAAAAGUUUGUUGGAGUAUCAGAUGUGGCAUCUCACUUGGCUCCUUUCUUGGUCUCAUCACUAGAUCCAGCGUUGAUAUUUGAGGUGGGGAUCAACAUGCUCUACUUGGCUGAUGUUCCUGGAGGGAAACCUGAGUGGGCAUCAACAUCCAUCAUUGCAAUUCUCACGCUUUGGGACAGGCAGGAGUUUUCCUCUGCACGUGAGAGCAUUGUCAGAGCUGUGGUUACUAAUUUGCAUCUCCUUGACCUCAGUAUGCAGGUUUCAUUAUUUAAAAGGUUACUUCUUAUGGUGAGAAACCUGAGAGCAGAAUCGGAUCGUAUGCAUGCAUUAGCAUGCAUCUGUCGAACUGCUCUCUGUGUUGAUCUUUUUGCUAAAGAAAGUGUACGGAGGGGUCAAAAACCUCUCCCUGGAACUGAUAUAGCUUCCCUUUUUGAAGAUGGAAGAAUAAAAGAUGACCUCAACAGUGUAACAAGGACAAGCUUGUUUAGAGAAGAACUAGUUGCCAUGCUUGUAGAAAGCUGCUUUCAGUUGUCACUACCGUUACCAGAGCAAAAGAAUUCUGGUACAGAGAGCAGAGUUAUAGGAGCUCUAGCUUAUGGAACCGGUUAUGGUGCAUUCAAUUGGACAGAACCAGCUCUAGAAGUAGUUGAAGUAUGCAGGCCAUGUGUUAAAUGGGAUUGUGAGGGCCGGACCUAUGCUAUUGAUUGCUAUUUAAAGUUGCUGGUUAGACUCUGUCAUAUUUAUGAUACUAGAGGCGGCAUUAAAAGAGUGAAAGAUGGGGCAUCUCAAGACCAAAUCUUGAAUGAAACACGAUUACAAAACUUGCAACGUGAGCUUGUUAGAGACCUACAUGAGGUAAACACACCUAGAAUAUGUGCCCGUUUGCUCUUUGCUAUUUCAGAACACAUAGAUCUUGAGGGAUUAGACCCACUACUGGCUGAUGAUCCUGAAGACCCUCUGAAUAUAAUAAUUUCAAAUAUACACAAAGUUCUGUUCAACAUAGAUUCAUCUGCAAGCACAACGAAUCGACUUCAAGAUCUCCAAGCAGUUCUGUUGUGUGCUCAGAGAUUGGGGUCACGUAAUGCCAGGGCUGGGCAGUUGCUAACCAAAGAACUUGAAGAGUUCAGGAGCAAUGCAUUAGCUGAUUCUGUAAAUAAGCAUCAAUGUCGAUUAAUAUUGCAGAGAAUAAAAUAUGUUACCAUCCAUCCCGAAAGCAGAUGGGCUGGAGUGGGUGAAGCAAGAGGAGAUUAUCCAUUUAGUCACCAUAAACUGACUGUUCAGUUUCAUGAUGCAUCAGCAGCACAGGAUAGAAAGCUGGAAGGAUUAGUUCACAAUGCUAUUUUGGAACUUUGGAGGCCUGAACCUAACGAUUUGGCUAUGCUGUUAUCUAAAGGAAUCGAUUCUAGCCUACUCAAAGUUCCUCCAAGCACGCAUACUUUGACUGGAAGCAGUGAUCCUUGCUAUGUUGAAGCAUAUCAUUUGACUGAUCCAAGCGAUGGAAGGAUCACUCUGCAUCUAAAGGUUCUGAAUUUAACAGAGGUUGAACUCAAUCGAGUUGACUUACGUGUUGGGCUAUCGGGUGGAUUAUAUUUCAUGGAUGGAUCUCCUCAAGUGGUCCGACAGUUGCGCGACCUUAAUUCUCAGGAACCAGUCCUGUGUAGCGUAACAGUGGGUGUUUCCCAUUUCAAGAAAUGUGAUCUUUGGGUUCAAGUCCUAUACUACCCCUUCUAUGGUACUGAUGUUCCUGCAGAUUAUGAAGGGGAAUAUUCUGGAGAGGAUCCACAGAUCAUUAAGCAAAAGAGAAGCCUGAAGGAAUUAGGAGAACCCGUGAUUCUGAGGUGCCAACCAUACAAGAUUCCCCUAACUGAGUUUCUUUUGCCGCAUAAAAUUUCACCUGUUGAGUAUUUCCGCUUGUGGCCAAGUUUACCUGCUAUAGUGGAGUAUACUGGUGCUUAUACAUAUGAAGGGAGUGGAUUCAAGGCAACUGCUGCCCAGCAAUAUGGAGCAUCUCCUUUCUUAAGUGGCUUAAAAUCUUUGUCUUCCAAACCAUUCCAUCGAGUUUGCUCGCACAUCAUUCGAACAGUUGCUGGGUUUCAGCUCUGUUUUGCUGCCAAAACAUGGUAUGGAGGCUUUGUGGGUAUGAUGGUAUUUGGUGCGAGUGAGGUGAGCAGAAAUGUCGACCUUGGCGACGAAACAACGACCAUGAUGUGCAAAUUUGUGAUCAGGGCAUCAGAUGCUUCUAUUACCAAGGAGAUCGAUUCAGACCCACAGGGCUGGUUAGAUGAUCUGACCGACGGUGGUGUUGAGUACAUGCCCGAAGACGAAGUGAAGAUGGCUGCUGCUGAUAAGUUGAAGAUCUCAAUGGAACGGAUCACUUUGCUCAAAGCAGCAAGACCUAGAAAAUCCGCCGAGGAUGAAGAAGAUGAGGAUGACAAGGAUAUUGAUGAUGACGAUGGUGAUGUGGACAAAGACGGUAAACCUAAGGGGCCAACAACUUUGUUCAAAUUGACAGCCGAGGAGGUGGAACACCGUGCUCUACAAACAGCCGUGAUACAAGAAUGGCUCAUGCUUUACAAAGACAGGGGUGUCAAGGUUAAUUGACUGCUGACUCUUCCUCUUUUUUUUCUUCUUUUUCUCACUGUCAUCUCAUGUGCCAAAACUCAUCUUUUCUUAGAUAUAGUUUGUCAUUCUAAGAGCAUGUGUGAUUCAUGUAGCUGUUUUUUUAAUGUUUGAUUUUCAUUCAUUGACUGUGUAGUUUCAUUAGCCUUGUAGAGUUGGUUCAAUUCCAUGUAAAUUUUGCUUCACUGGUUUUGUUGGUCAUGAUGAAUGGAUGAAUGAGUGUUUGAAUGUGUUGUGGAAUGCAUCUUUUGUUUCACUCU